AUGGGGAUUCAAUUUUGUACAAACGGCCAUUUAAUUUUAAUUGUAGUUGAAGAUGUUGAAGAAACAAUUGAAUGGCAGAUAAGGAAGAAGCAGAAAGCCGAGAAUGAUUUUAGAAAAAAAAGAGCAGCAGCCACGGAGAUCCAGGCCUGGUGGCGUGGCACUCUCGUGCGCCGGACAUUGCUGCACGCAGCCCUCAGGGCCUGGAUCAUUCAACGCUGGUGGAGGAAGACACUGGUGAGGCUGCUGCUGAAGAAGCGGAGGGCCGCCCUGAUUACCUACGCAAAUAGAGAGAGGGCAGUGGUCAAGCUCCAGUCUUUGGUCCGUAUGUGGCGCAUCCACUGGCGAUACUGCCAGGUGCUCAACGCCAUCUACAUCAUCCAGUGCCACUGGCAAUGCCACAACUGCCAGACCUGUGCUCUCCUCCGGGGCCACUGCGUAGUCACAGCCACUCACCUGCAGUUCCACAUUGAGAUCAUCAACCCCUAA